UAGCAGAUGCGAUUGAAACCCGUUUAGUGGGCUAGGCAACUUCGGCGCAGUAUAAAAGGCCGACGGCUAUGGUUUCGUUUUGAGAAGCUGCUCUAAAAUGCUGAAAUAUACCCUCAUCUUUGCCCUGUUCGUCGUUUUGGCCAGCUGCAGUGAGGACGAUCUGCAGGCGCAGCUUCUGAAGUCGGAGAACAAGCAGAACCUGGACGGAGCUGGGCAGUUCCAGCAUGAGAUCACGGUCAGCAAUGGGAUCCAGGUGAAAGCUCAAGGCAAUGUGAACGGCAUCCAGGGCGAAUACUUCCUUCCCGGCGAAGAUGGCAAGCAAAUUCGGGUUACAUACACCGCAGAUGCAACCGGCUUUCAUCCGAAGGUCGAGGAGUGAUCGAGUGGCUUUGACAAUUUAAAUUAAUAAUUUAUAUACGCCGGUUUUUUCCAUAAAAUUAGAUGUGAGAUAAA